AUGGCAUUUUUGCCCCUGAGCGUCGCGUGUCUGGUCCUGCUCAUUAUGACCGUCCAUCCAGCCGAAGAAGAAAAGCCAGAGUUCUGGCGGCAGCAGGCGCGAGCGGUCCUACGCCUGGCGCUCGACCGCAAACUCAACACCAACGUGGCCAAGAACAUUGUGCUCUUUGUGGGGGACGGGAUGGGCAUCACCACGGUCACUGCUGCCCGCAUCCUCAAGGGUCAGCUGCAGAACCGCACCGGAGAGGAGACCAUCAUGAACAUGGACACUUUCCCUUAUGUGGGCCUGGUCAAGGUGUACGCCGUCGACUUCCAGAUCCCGGACAGCGCCGCCACGGCAACGGCCUACCUGUGUGGCGUCAAGGCGAACCUGAACACGGUGGGGCUGAGUGCGGCCGGGCGCAACGGAGCGUGUCGCUCCCAGAAGGGCAAUGAGGUGACAUCCAUCCUGAAAUGGGCCAAAGACGCAGGCAAAUCGGUGGGCAUCGUCACGACAACCAGGGUGCAGCACGCCACGCCCGCCGCCGCCUACGCCCACAGCGCCAGCCGCAAGUGGUACUGCGACACGGACAUGCCGGCGGCGGCCAAAGCCCAGGGCUGCAGGGACAUUGCGGCGCAGCUGCUCAGCAACACGGACAUCGACGUGAUCAUCGGAGGAGGAAGGAAGUACAUGACCCCGAAGGGCACGAGGGACCCCGAGUACCCACUGGACCCGUCGGCCAGGGGGAGGCGCUCCGACGGGAGGAACCUCAUCUCCGAGUGGCAGCACACGAAGGGGGGGAAGGUGGCCCGAUACGUGUGGAACCGAACGGACUUUGACGCCGUGGACCCGGCCACCACCGACUACCUCUUGGCUUUGUUCGAACCCGGGGACCUGCGCUACGAGCUCGAGAGAGACCUCAGCAUGGACCCCCCCCUCAGCGACACCACGGAGAAGGCGAUCCGCAUCCUGCAGAAGAACCCAAAGGGCUUCUUCCUUCUGGUGGAAGGCGGACGCAUCGACCAGGGACACCAUGCCAGCCGAGCUUCCAUGGCUCUGCAUGAGACCGUGGAGCUGGACAACGCUGUGGGCCGAGCGCUGGAGCUGACGGGCGACGGCGACACCCUGACCAUGGUGACCGCUGACCACUCCCACUCAUUCACCUUCAACGGCUUCCCGUUCCGGGGGAACAGCAUUCUGGGGAAAUCUCCAUUGUUCGGCAAGGACAUGAUGCCCUACACCACGCUGAUGUACGGAAACGGUCCCGGUCAUAAAAUCGUCAACAACAAGCGGCCCGACAUCCGGGGCGUGGACACAGAGUCGAAGGACUACAUCCAACAGGCGGCGGUGCCCACCGAGUCUGAGACCCACGGGGGGGAGGACGUUGCGGUCCUGGCCCGGGGCCCCAUGGCUCACCUGUUCCACGGAGUGCAGGAGCAGAGUUACAUCCCACAUGCACUGGCCUUCGCCGCAUGCAUCGGCGAUGACCAGAGCCACUGUGAAACCACGCCCCCCAUUCCACGGAGCUCCGCCCCCACUUCGCCUGCUGCCUGGCUCAUCGCUGUUCUUGUCCCCGUGCUGCAGAACCUGCUCCGCUGAAUGGAGCAGCAGCGUGACGCCCCAAUCCGUGUGAAAACACAACACGUGAAUUAUGUCUUGCUAUUAUGAGGAUUUUAGUGAGAAAUGUGGAGAUGUAAGUGUUUUUAAUUGGAUUAAAUUUGAUAAAGAAA